CCUGCCCCCAGCUGUGAGCUCUGAGCUGCCUCUUCUGCUCUCCAGGACAUGGCAGGCCCCAUGACCAUGGCAACCAGCCUCCUGCUCAUGGCCCUGUGCACCUACUGCAUUGUCCCUGCAGGCUCCAUGAUCAUCCCCUCUUCCUGCUGCAUAUCCUUCGUUUCCAAGAAAAUUCCUGAGAGACGAGUGGUAAACUACCAGCUGUCCAACAGUAGUGUCUGCCCCAAGGCAGGAGUGAUCUUCACCACCAGGAAGGGCCAGCGGUUCUGUGGCAACCCCAAGCUGCUGUGGGUCCAGAGGUACAUGAAGAACUUGGAUGCCAAGCAGAUGAAAGCCUCCACUAGGACCAGAGUGAUGGGUGCCAACGUCACUGUCCAGAGGCACCCUGCCAACAGCACCUUCAUCUAACCCCGGCCCGGCCCUCAGCCCUGAGCUUGGGCCUGGCUCUCGCCUCCUAACAGGCUGCUUGGGGCCUGGUGAGCCAGCGGUGGUAGGCAAAGGGCUAAUGGUCCUGUUUCUUAGCAUCAUUCUCAGGGGAUGUGUCUAGUCUAUUA